AUGUCUCAAUCUUUAAUCAUAUUCAAGCCUUCGGGUAAAGUGGAGUACCAAUUCAAUAACAAAAUCUCCCCUUUUAAUGAUUACAUCUCCACUUUAAUUAAUGAAACACAAACAAAUUUGGACCAAAACUUCACCACAGACACCAUAAAUCAGAAACGAUUCUAUUGCUAUCACAAAGAGGAUGUGUAUGUGGUACUAUACUUUGACGCGAUAACUACAAUAAACAGUGAUAAGAUCAAGCAAUCACUCAUAGGGGUUUUCAAGACUUUUAAAAAAUUCAAAGAAUCUGAUGACCUAGGGGAGGAAAAGUUUCGUAGUUUAGUUGAUCUACAAUUCAACAACUUGAUGAAAUCAAAACAAAAUGUCGAGGAGACUACAUCCGCCAAAGAGCCUAAACCCACCAGCAAUGGAUCUAAACCACAAUCGAAACAGCCAGCUCAAAAACAAGUGUCGUCCAAGAAAAUGAGAAAAUGGGAUAAUAGUGGUGAAAUGGUUGACUAUUCAGAUAAUCAAGUAUUGGACUACUCUAACUCUCAGGGACAAGACGAAUCAAUCCGGCCAAAAGAAAUGAAGGUCAAUAAUGAAGCUGCAUUUACAAAGGAGAGUGAGCUUGUUUUGGUCAAUGAAUUAAAUGACAUAUUGAACGAGUCAGAUGAGGAAGAGGAGGAUGAAACUCAAAAUAAACCCACAGGAUUUUUUGGUAAAAUCGGUUCAUACUUUGGUGGCUCUAUUAAUGUGGAUGAAGUAUCGAAAAAGUUUAAUGAGCAACUCAUUUCCAAAAAUAUAGCACCAAGUACAGCUAAAACCAUCAUUGAUAAGCUCAAAACAAGACUUGCUGGCAAAAAGGUGAAUAUGGCCACUUAUAAGCAAACAUUGGUUGAUGAGCUCACCAAGAUUCUUACUCCAAAUGUGUCAACAGAUUUGUUAUAUGAAAUCAAGAGAAAUGACACAGGAAGACCCUAUGUCAUCUCAGUCGUGGGUGUGAAUGGAGUUGGCAAAUCAACCAAUCUUGCCAAGUUAGCCUACUGGUUCCUUCAAAACAACCUCAAUGUGCUAAUAUGUGCUUGUGAUACGUUCAGGUCAGGCGCAGUUGAACAAUUGAAGGUGCAUGUAAAUAAUCUUGAUCGAUUGAAUUCCGAGUUAUCCAACAAGUCCAAAAUUGCAUUGUUUGAAAAGGGAUAUGGAAGUGGAGACCAUGUGGUGCAAACUGCCAAAUCUGCCAUACAGUACGCUACAGAAGAGCGUUUCGAUGUGGUGCUCAUUGACACUGCCGGUAGAACUCAUUCCAAUGCAAAAUUGAUGGCACCUCUAAAGAAAUUUGGCGACGCUGCUAAUCCAAACAAGAUUAUCAUGGUGGGAGAAGCAUUGGUUGGUACCGACUCUGUUGAGCAAGCUAUAAAUUUCAACAAUGCAUUUGGAAAUAGGAGAAACUUGGAUUUCUUCAUAAUAUCCAAGGUUGAUACAGUUGGUGAUUUGGUUGGAACAAUGAUCAAUAUGGUUAUGGCUACCAAGGUUCCUAUUUUGUUUGUCGGUACUGGGCAAACAUACACUGAUAUCAAAAGGUUGAGCGUGAGACAAGUUGUGGACAUGUUGACCAAGUGA